AUGGCAUCUCCAAGAGGAAGGCUUUUUCUGCUUCUACAUCUGUUGAUUUGUCUACAAUUGAGCCUAGUUCUUUCAAGGAUCAAGAAGAAUGCAGAUGGUUCUAUAGCUAGGCAUAAGGCUCGCUUGGUUGCUAAGGGAUUUAGUCAAGAGGAGGGUAUUGAUUAUUAUGAAACCUUUAGUCCGGUGGUUAAACCAACCACUGUUCUAUUAGUUCUUGCUCUUGCUGCUCAGUUUCAGUGGUCCUUACGGCAACUUGAUGUUAAAAAUGCAUUCUUGCAUGGUGUUCUUCAAGAGAAGCCUAGUCUUCUUCAUCUGCACGCUUAUAGUGAUGCUGACUGGGCUGGGGAUCCUAAUGAUCACAGAUCUAUUUCGAGAUUUAUUGUUUACUUUGGCUCUAGUCCUAUUUCUUGGGCUUCUAAGAAGCAACAUUCUGUCUCUCGUUCAUCCACUAAGGCCGAAUAUAGGGCUUUGGCUAUUGCUGCUACUGAACUAGCAUGGAUCAGACAGUUGUUCUGUGAUCUGCAUGUACCAUUACAUGUUCCUCCUUUAAUUCAUUGUGACAAUAUCUCUGCUAUUGCUCUCUCUUCCAACCCAGGAAUGAAACAUCUACAUAUUGAUUAUCAUUUUGUCCGAGAACGAGUCAUUCGAGGUGAUUUACUUGUGCAACAUGUCUCUUCUGCAGACCAAUUUGCUGACAUUCUCACUAAGGGGCUGUUUAUCCCUUUAUUCCAGCAUCAUUGUUCCAAUCUCAUGCUUGGCUCCUCCAUGCAUGAGAUUGAGGGGGCAUGUAAAGAUAUCAAAGUGACAUACUUGAUCAUGGAUAACUUGGAGGUGAAGCUAAUGUCCACCAUUUCAAGUAUUGCCAUGCUGAACCAGUUCAAUGUGAAGGAGGUUGGUGCUCUUGAGGAGAAGGUGGUUGAUCUUGGCAUGGAUGAGGGUUUGAAGUUGCUGAAGGCAUCGUUGGAGACUAGUACAGUCCUUACUAAUGCGUUCCUGGGUAAUAAGAUGGCCUAA